AUGAGAAAAAUAUUAGCAAAUGUGUAUAUGCAACUAAGAGUUAUAUAUACAGCACAGCAUAUAGAUGACAAAUCUUCUCCGUUCUUUCUUAAAGCGGGAAAAAGAGAUAAACUGAAAAAAAUAUUAAUGGCUAACAUGACAAAAUAUAACAGAACAAGGCAUCUUCAAUUAUUAAGUGGUUGUGCUCAAAUUUAUUUAAAAGAAGGAUUGUUUCGAACAUGUGUAGGAGGGUGUCCACUUGUAGUUAUAUACAAAGCGGAAUAUUUAGAAAUUCUCAUGAGCAAUAAUACAAAUAACUACAAGGAAACAGGAUAUAAAUUUCUUAACACUUGGUUGAAGGAUAGCUUACUGAUAAGUUCCGGAUCGAAAUGGAAAGCAAGAAGGAAACUUCUUACUCGUUCGUUUCACUUUAAAAUUUUAGAAGAGUUUUUUCCUAUUUUUAAUGACCACUGUUCAAUCAUGUUGGAAAUAAUGAAACAAUCAGCUGACAAAGAAUGGGUUGAUAUCGUACCUAUUAUUACUAAAUGCAUUCUUGAUAUUAACUGUGAAACAGUAAUGGGAACUAAACUAAAUUCACAAACUCAGCAAGAUAGAGGUUAUAGAAAAAAUUUGGAAAAAGUUGCAGAAUUGUUUCUAUGUAGAUUAUUCAAACCCUGGUUAUGGAUCGAUUUCGUUUUUUUCUGCACGUCUAUUGGCAAACAGUUUCUACGUCACGUCGAAGGUCUUAAUACAUUCUCAGAACAAAUAUUUGUAGAGAAGCAACAAGAAUUCUGUAGAAAGAAAGAUGAAGAAUCAGACCUUAAUCUAAAUGAUAACGUUUAUACUGAGAUUAGACAAAGAAAAGCCUUCAUGGAUCUUCUCCUGCAUUAUUACUUUCGAGAACGCAGCAUAACAAAAGAAGACGUUUUGAAUGAAAUUAAUUUUUUCAUGUUUGCUGGGCACGAUACCACGACUUUUAAUCUAAGCUGGACUCUCUAUCUUCUUGGUCUUCAUCCAGAUGUACAGAAAAAAUUGCAAGAUGAAAUUGACUCGGUCUUCGGAGAAGAAAAAGAUAGUCCUGUGCAAUCGGAACACUUAAAACAUUUUAAAUAUUUGGACUGCGUGAUCAAAGAGGUUUUGAGGCUCUAUCCAAGUGUACCUUUCAUAGCAAGAGAUUUGCUUGAAGACACCAAAGUUGGCGAUCAUUUUAUUCCGAAGGGAACAUUUUGCCUUUUCUUCUUAUAUCAACUUCAUAGAGACCCUAAAGUUUUUCCGAACCCGGAAAUAUUCGAUCCCGAUCGAUUUUCAGCCGAGAACUGCCGAAAACGGCAUCCAUUUGCUUAUUUGCCAUUUUCCGCUGGGCCAAGAAAUUGUUUGGGUCAGAGAUACGCCCAGAUUGUAAUUAAAUUAAUGCUGAUUCAGAUAUUACGAAAAUUCAGUUUAAUUUCUCUAGAUCCUAGAGAUCGAAUACCUACAGGAGCAGAAUUGCUCCUUCGUCCAAAAGUGCCUUUGAGAUUAAAAGUCAUUCUGAGACAAAAUUAGAUUACGAUUAUGGUUCUAUUUUAUGAAACUAACAUAUGAUUUCUUUGUGCAAUUUCUUUAAAGCCUAACUUAGACAUAAACGAAAAUAUUUCUUUUAAAACUAA